AUGCCCGGCCCAACUUCAAGCUCUCUCGUUCGACUUCGCUCGCUUUGCGUUCGCUUUCCCCGGUUCGAACUCGAACGAGCAAUCAAACCAGAAAGAAAUCGCCAAAACUGACGAAGUUCAAGCACAACCAGCUACGGAGGCGUGAUGGAUCCUCCACACACGUAGAACCACUCGCGCAGAGCCUCUCCGACCCUCAUCGCGGCACGCUUUUCUGCGUACGGGGCCCUCGUAGCUAGGUCAGACUUGAGCUGCUGCUUCUCCGCCAACCGGAAGCGCACAGCGCCUCGGUUCUGAUACGUUUCCGCGUUGAUCGUGGCGAUUCAGGUGACUCUGCAAUUGGUUCUCUGUUGGAUUACGAUAGUCCUUUUGAGCAGCGUGUUAAUUAUGACUGUAGUUGUUGACUUCGCCCUUUGGAACUCCUGUUGGUUUUCGGUUUCAACGAUGAAUGCCCACCAUAGCCAGAUUUAGAGGAGAAAGAUGCUUCAAUCAUGAUCAAGUUGAAUAGUUUUUCGAGGUCACUGUAGUGGUGAAUCAAUGGAAGGCGAAAGCUUGUAGAAAAAAGUGUUGGAAUGCAUGGAUGUUGUGCAGAGGACACUCUCCUUGUAAAUGCUGAGGUUGAUUCUUCCAUGGGUGGAGUUGCUGACGGUGGAGUUGGCACUAGUAUUAAAGCCUCUCCACACCAAGCAGCAAUUGAGAAGGCUCAAGCAGAACUUAGACUGGAAUAUGAUUUUCGUGAAGAACGGAGAAGAGAGCUGGAAUUCCUUGAGAAAGGAGGCAAUCUUUUGGAUUUUAAAAAUGGCACUGCAACCUCAGCAAGUGUGCAAUCAACUUCACUUACUGAUCAGCAUCUGGAGCAAGUGGCAACCAGUGAAGCAAGGGGUAGUUUUGCAUUGGCUGUGUCACCUUGUGGGGACUCUCUUGAGAGUAGUGAUAGGCCUAGACUUCUCCGUGGUUCAAACUGUGCCGAUAAUCAUUUAGAUUCUAAUGGCGAGGGCCAUUUGGUUAAAGCAGAAAAGAACUCUAUGCGUGGUGGUAGAAGGAAUAAGUUUGCUGCUUCUAAGCAGUCAUUUCAAUUUGAUGGGAGUCAAAAUACCAAGGACUCUGAAGAGUCCGCUAUAUUUUGUCCAUACGCUCGAAGGAAUAGAUCAAGGCCAAACCGUGAUGGUGCCCGAUCAAAGUCUGCUGAUAUGUUUCACGGUCAUGGUUGUCAUGGAUUAUCUUUAGCCGUGCCAGUGGGUUUUAGAGACCCUAAGGGUUCAGUAUCGGAAACAAAGAAUCACAAGGAAGAGAGUUUGCUGAUGAUCGCUAGAGCUAAAUGCUCAAGUGGCAAGGGCAACGAAAGAAUUCAGUCAGAUAUUGAGGUAGAUGGUGAGAAGGAUCUUGAAUCAACUUCUGUUCAUGCAGAGAGUGACUGUCCUGGAGGUAAAUUGGAUGUUGCAGAUAGAAGCUCAAUGGAUAACCGAAGUAUUAAAUCAGUUAAAGUUGAUUUAAUGAAAACUGCAGCACAUAUGGAUUCUGGUGUUUCAGAUAUUCGAGCUAGGGAAAAUUCAGCUUUUGCUAAUACUGAUCUUCCUUCUGCAGUUGUAGCAAAAGUUGAAAAUGAAACUAGUUCUGGUGUAGUGAGCAGUUUUGCAGAUGAACAUAGUGAGCGGAGAAACUAUGUAAAUGAGUGUCAAAAUAAUGCUUCUGCAUUUGGUGUGAGGGGUUUAGACUCAGAAUCUUCCUGUACCCGUACUAGUACAGGGGCAGAUGUACAUAAUGAUUGUGAUGUUUAUAAUAGUUCAAAAAGUGACUGUAUCACUGUGAAUACCGUGAUGCUUCCAUCUGAAACUGUGGGUAAUGAGAAGUUAAUUUCUGAAGAAAUGGUAAAAGAGCAGAAGGACAGCAAAAGUACUGAAUAUGAUGCCCUUUCAAAAGAUGAGAAUAACUCUGAUGGUCAAGCCGAUGUAGAUAAUGGUGCCAUUUGUAAAGGCGAUAAAGUGCACAAAAGAUCUGGCCCUGGAAAGAAGGUGCAAAAUUCUCCAGGAGGCAGGGGAAUGGAACAGAUUGGACCUGCUGCAUCAGCAAUUGAAAGAGAUAGAAGCAAAACUUUUGAUGACAAUCCCAUCAUCCAGGAACAGAUUUCACUUGGAAGACCUCAAGGAAUUGAUGUUUUAGCUUGUGAACAUAAGAGUUCUUCAGCAGAGAGGGAUCAUGCUGUUCUUUCAGACCCUAAGAUUUGUUGUUCGAACAACUUGAAAUUGGUAGAUCAGGCAAGAGAGGAUCGUGUCCUAGAAGAGGCACAAAUAAUUGAGGCACGACGUAAGAGGACCGCUGAGUUAUCUUUUGGCACUAUAAAGUUGGAGAAUCGUCGGAGAUCUCACUGGAAUUAUGUCCUUGAAGAAAUGGCAUGGCUGGCAAAUGACUUUGCGCAGGAGCGUGUUUGGAAGAUGACUGCUGCGACUCAAUUAUGUCAUCAAAUUGCUUCUGCAUCGCAAUUGCGAUUUGAAGAACAAGAUCGUCAGAAAAAGAUGAAAAAGUUAGCAUUCAACUUUACAAAGGCUGUGAUGCAAUUCUGGCAUGUAGCAGAUAUGCUUGCUGAUGAUGAUGAUGCAAGUUUUGAUAUGAAAAGCAACCAUUGUCCGGAAGAUGGACCAAGGAAAAGAGAUUACAAUGAUUUGCUCCAUGACAAAAGCAGAAAAACCGAGAAGAUGCAGGGAUAUGCCAUGCGGUUUUUGAGAGAGAACAGUCUACAUUUUCCUGCCUUCAAAGCUGAGGUGUUAACAGAUACAGAUGAAGUGACAGAUAUAGAGAUUUCCCAAUUAUCCCACGACAAUCAUCUUAUGGGACAGGAUAGCAUCUUUUACACAAUUUCCCUUGGUGCAAUGGAGACAUACAGGAAGUCUAUCGAGUCCUGUGUGACACAGUGCGAGAAUACGGAAAGUUAUAUGCAGGAGGAAGUCAAUUCAUCCUUUCCGGAGACAGCAUCAGUCUAUGGGCAUGAAAAUGAGCGAGAGACAUUCAUGUACAAUCUUUCUGGGGCCUUCGAAGGUAGCAAGUUGUCAAAACUUUCCCAGAAGAAUCGGGAAAUUUUUAAGUCGUACGCUUCUGGAUCAUAUGAAAUGGCAGCUGAUUUACCCUAUGGAGAAAACAGAAUGGGGACGCAGCAGUCAUUUUUUAUGGGCAAGAGAGCUGCUAAUCUUGAUGUUGGUCCAGUUCCACCAAAGCGCAUGCGAACUACUCCCAGACAGAGGGUCUUAUGUCCCUUUACUGGUGGAGCUGGUUUGAGGGGUUAUCCCAAAAGCGAUGCUUCUAGUGGAGAUACAAAUUCUCUUCAGGAUGAUCAGAGUACACUGCAUAGUGGAUCGCAGGUUCAGAAAAUUAUGGAGGCUGAGUCAGUUGGGGGCCUUGAAAAGCAGUUGCCAUAUGAAUCUGCGGAUGCCUCAAUCAAAUCCAAGAAAAAAAAGAAACGAAAGCUUCUGAGUUCUCCAUAUGGGCAGGAUUGGCAGCUGGAUUCCACUGUUCACAUUGAACAGAGGGAUCAAUUGAAGAAGAGGUUAGAGAAUCAUUAUUUUGAAUCAAAUAGAACCAGUGCCAAGAAGCCAAAGAUGAUGAAGCGAUCGCCUGAUAAUACUUUUGACAACAUCAUGUCAAUGACCGGGUCCAUCCCUUCUCCUGUGGCAUCUCAAAUGAGUAACAUGUCCGCCCCAAACAAAUUGGCAAAUUUGAGUAACGGUCGUGAUAGGAGCAGGAAAGUGAAAGGAUUUAAGAUGUCCAUAGUGCAGCCAGGUUCUGGAAGUCUCUGGUCACUAUUCGAGGACCAGGCUCUUAUCGUCCUGGUACAUGAUAUGGGUCCAAAUUGGGAGCUGAUCAGCGAUGCAAUCAAUAACACUCUACUGUUAAAGUGUGUAUUUCGCAAGCCUAAAGAAUGUAAGGAGCGUCACAAGUUUUUAAUGGAUAAGAAUGCUGGUGAUGGUGCUGAUAGCGGUGAAGAUUCGGGGUCGUCUCAUUCUUAUUCAUCUACUUUACCAGGCAUUCCUAAGGGAAGUGCCAGACAGUUGUUUCAGCGCUUGCAAGGGCCUAUGGUGGAGCAAGCUUUAAACGAACACUUUGAGAAAAUUAUUAGAAUCAGCCACAAGCAGCAUUGCCAAAGAAAUACGAAUGACAGCCAGAAUCAAAAUCAAGUACCUGUCCACCACUCUCAUUUUGUUGCUCUAUCUCAAGUCUGUCCAAAUAACCUCAAUGGAGUUUUCCUCUCACCUUUUGAUCUCUGCGAAACAACUGCUCCCCCUGUGUAUCAAGGUUCUCAAGCUAGUAAUCUUUCAUUAUUAAACCAAUGUGCUGUGCCACCGAUGCUUGCUACAUCUGGGGAGAAUACAUCUGGAGAAAUUUCAUCAUUACAUGGAUCGAGCAGUAUGGUUCUUGGUCCUAACUUCUUGUCAUCUACUGAUGCACUCACAACCUCUUGCAGAUUUAAUUUUCCGAGAACAUUAUCCAUGCUGGUUGAUCAGCAGAAUAAAUCUCCCAUGAACAUUCAACAACCGAACCUAUCUGUUUCUGGAUCUCUCUCUAUGACUGAUUGUGAUGUCCGUACGAAGCCUGGUGGAAACGGUGUGGUUGUGAAUAGUGGGACGAACGGAAGCAUGCCAAUGUCUCCGGCAGUGAUUCAUGGAAUGACCUCGUCAUCAGUGCUGAGUACUAGCAGCAUGGUGGGUAUGCCAAGUCCUGUAAAUAUGCACCCUCGACCUGAUUCUGCACAAGGAAACACAACCUUGCAACGUCGUGAGGCUCUGCAUACGGUGAGGGAAAGCUGCCUUUUUUUAUACCAGCCUGACCGUAUCUCAGAGCAGCAAACCCAAAGGUUGGUUCCGGGACUUCAGAAGCAGGUCACUCAAGGGAAUAUUCAAGGCAUUGCUCCUCUUAAUGGGUUGGGUUCUGCAUUUUCUAAUCGGGCAACUCCAACUCAGAUGUAUCCAGGCCAUUCCCAGCAGCAAUAUCAGUUGUCCUCUCGACAACCUCAUCUGCCUAAUAGUCCUCAUUAUAGCGCUAAUAUUCAGUUGCGGAAUCAAGCAACUGAUUUGCCACAGCAAACAUAUGCAAUCUGUAUUGCCAAGGAAAGGCAGCUUCAGCAGCAGCAUCUCCAACAGCCUCAGCAGCAGCUUGCUGGAUCUAAUAAUCCUGUCACACCGCAUGUGCAACCACAACCUCAGUCUCCCGUACCGUCUUUGCAGAAUAGUUCCCUGCAACAAUCACAGCCAAUGCCUGUGUCACCACAAACACCCUCUUCACCAAUGUCGCCAAUAUUUUCUCCUCAACAUCCUCAGAAUUAUCUGCUCCAACCUCAUGCUCUUGGCCUAAAUCGUCAGAAUAAUACUAUUAGUGGCUCGACUAAUCAGACUGGGAGGCAACGUCAACGUCAACGUCAGCUGCAGCAACAGCAGCCUCAACAAUAUAGCAGGCCCCCUCCUAAUAGGCAGCAACCGAAGCAGGCUACAAAGGGAAUUGGGAGAGGAAGUAACUUGGUGAAUCAGAACCUGUCUUCUGAACCUUCUCAUCUGAAUGGUCUCUCUAUGGCUCCAGGAAGCCGGGGGGUGGAGAAAGGUGAUCAGGUGAUGCAGUUCUUGGAAGGUCAAGGUUUUAGGAACCCUGGGUCAACAGUAAAUAACCCUGUCGGACCACCUAAAUCCCAGGUUCCUUCCGAUCCCAAUCCUCCCCAAAUGCAGCAGAUGCUGCUUUCUGGUCCCACAUCUCCUGUGUCAAGGCAAAUGCAGCAGAUUCCUUCUAAGUCUGAUAGUUGCUCUGAUGAGCAUGUGUCAUCCAUUCAAAACAAGGACAUUAUAUCUCCACUGACAGCUUCCAACCAUCUACAGGCACUGCACAUACAUCAACCCCCACAAAAGCAGGUUAAUCCCAUUCAACUACCGUAUGCUGUCUUUCAACAAAGCCAUCCAAUGACAUCCAAGCCAUCUAUUGAGUCUCAAACCAACCAAGCUCAACUUGACCAGAGACCUGUGAAUAAUAUUACUUCUCGGGAAAAUACUGCUGUGCCUCUAGCCUCUGUUGAUCCAGCUCAUGCAGCACCUGGUAAAAAGUCUCAACCAUUAUAUGGUUCUCGUUUUUCAGCUCCACUUCCUUGUGUGGGUUUUGUUGGAAGACCACUGGCCCGAAAUGAGUCGAUACCAUCCGUAGGCCAGAGCACGGAGCGAUGUCGAGAACCAGGUAGCUUGUCUUCUCACGGUCGUAGCAUUGAUUGCUUAGGGACACAUAGGGGGCAGAAGCAGCCUCAGCCAAUGAUGCCACCCCUCAUGCUUCGGUCGUCACCCAAGCAACAGUAUCAGCUGCAAGAACAGUUUCUAAAGUCUGGAGAGCAACAAGAAGCACUUCAAAAACCACUGCCAAAGGUGCCUCCUCAGCAACAAAGGCAGCAUUCACAAGCAGGACAAGGAAAUUGACUAGCGAUGCAAGAGAUUUUUUUCCUUUUCCUGAAAGCAUGAUGCUAGAUCUUGAAUUCGAAUGGUCAAUUCAUUAGACAAAACAAGGGAUUGAUGCUGAUUUUGUGAGCAUCCAUGCAAAUGGAGCUGGCUACUACAAAAAUAGACUGCAGAAGUAAGAACGGCUAGGAGUUAUGACCGUUUACUUCAAGCUUAUGAAAGGUUAAUUGAAGGAUUGUAGCAGAUUGUUUAUUGACUUUUUGGAAUCAUGUAUAGUAACACUUCAGGUCUUCAUCGAGAGGAGGAGACAAAUGUAGAGUUUUUUGUACAGAGGUCUCAUCUCUCCUUUCCUUCUCCUCUAGGUGUUUUUUUGGUUCUCUUGGCUAAGUAGACUGGUGCAUGUGUAAUUACACUUUUAGAUCAAGUGGGUAGCAAUUAUUGUCACAGGCAAAGGCUUAGAACAUUCUGUGAAUAUAACGGUUCCUGGUGUAUAGACUGAUCAUGUCAAUGCAGUUAUUUGGCCUCACCAUGUUCCU